AACCAGUUAAGUUCAAAUAAUAUAUAAGUGAUCAAUUGAUUGUGUGUUAAGUGUAAAUAAGUUUUGUUAGAAAAUAUCGGUCACUGAUAAAGAGUAUGGAUAUUCUACUUUUGUGCUGCUUUGAUAAUUCAUUCAUAAUUUUGAAUCACACAUGAGUGUAUAUGGAGUGUUUUGAUACCUGUGACUACUAAAGACAGAUUGCAGUGAUCAAUGCACAAAGUAUUGGUAAAUUAAGAACUGAAGAUGCCAGGAACAUUGACCUACCCAAUAUAUGCUGGGGUCGAGUCAUCUCCACAAAGACAACGAUCCUAUAGUUGGAGUAAUCAACAGCGUACCCUAUCUCAUGUAUUGCCAACUCAUAGAAGACCUGGCCGUGUAUCGUUAGCAGAACCUGUGAGAGAUGAGACUACCAGUAAGCUGAGAUUAAAGGUGAUCGCUGGGCACCAAUUAGCUAAGAAAGACAUUUUUGGUGCAAGCGAUCCUUAUGUACGUGUUGAUUUAAAUACUGUAAAUGGUGAUCAGACAGUGGAUUCUGCACUUACAAAAACUAAAAAAAAGACUUUGAAUCCUGUCUGGGAGGAGGAAUUUAUAUUUAGAGUUAAGCCUGUUGAUCACAAAUUGGUGCUACAAGUUUUUGACGAGAACAGAUUGACAAGAGAUGAUUUUCUUGGAAUGGUGGAAUUAACAUUAAUCAAUCUACCUAUAGAACAAGAAGGUCAAACAAUCCCUGCUAGACGCUACUUACUUCGACCACGUAGUAAUCAUUCCAGUCAGCGUUCGAGAGUAAAAGGUACUUUGGAAGUAUACCACGCAUACAUUUCGGAUACGGUGACCGUAGAGACUGACUAUAGGGAUGCUGCAGUUGACACAGGAGGAUGGGAAAUGGUACAACCAGUACAUGUCAACCAUCCCAUGCAGACAGUUAUGUUUGACUCGCCGUUACCACCUUUACCACCAGGAUGGGAAGAAAGACAAGAUGCAAAUGGGCGAACGUAUUACGUUAAUCAUAUAGCACGAUUCACCCAAUGGGAACGACCAUCGGAAUCUAAUACUUCACCCAGUGGAAAUGUUGAAGUUGACCGAAAUUUCAGUACUGCUGCAACUGAAUUUCAGCGACGUUUUCAUAUAAGCGCAGAUAACGAAAACAGACACAGAAGUUCGAUUAAUCAGGAUGGUGAAGUACUCCGCAAGGAAGAUGAAGAUUCGGAAGCAAGAGAUAAUGAGAUUGAGAAUCAUAGGGGAGGGGGUAUUGGGGAUACUUCUUCAGACUCCGGACGUUCUGUUGAUCAACAUGGCUACCUUAGUGAAUGCGAAGACCAGACCGAUGAUAACGUAGAUAGUCCCGCCGGAUCUAGACGAUCCUCAGAACAGAUUGAAGCCCACAAACCCACCCUUCCCCUGCCAAGCGACGAAGGAUUGCCACCUGGAUGGGGUAUGCAAAUGGCACCGAAUGGUAGAGUCUUUUUUAUUGAUCAUAACGAAAGGACAACAACAUGGAUCGAUCCCCGAACGGGACGUCCAAGUUCGAUACCUAAUAACAUAGCUCCUUCAACUACACCAAGAAAUAAUUUAGAUCAACUUGGACCACUUCCUGAAGGUUGGGAAGAACGGCUUCAUACAGAUGGCAGAACAUUUUUCAUCGAUCAUAAUACAAGAACAACUCAGUGGGAAGAUCCACGCAUGUCCAAUCCACAAAUUGCUGGCCCGGCUGUACCAUAUUCGCGAGAUUAUAAGCGUAAAUAUGAAUAUCUCAAAUCUCAACUGAGAAAGCCUAACAAUGUUCCCAAUAAAUUCGAAAUAAAAGUUGGCCGAAAUAAUAUUCUCGAAGAUUCGUAUCGUAUAAUUAGUUCUGUUAAUAGAGUGGAAAUAUUAAAAACCAAAUUAUGGGUUGAAUUUGAAGGAGAAGUCGGUUUGGAUUAUGGAGGUCUUGCCCGAGAAUGGUUUUUCCUUCUGUCGAAAGAAAUGUUCAAUCCUUAUUAUGGAUUGUUCGAGUAUUCUGCCACGGACAAUUAUACUCUUCAAAUCAAUCCUUUCUCGGGAGUAUGCAACGAAGAACAUCUAAAUUACUUUAAAUUUAUUGGGCGUAUAGCGGGCAUGGCUGUUUACCACGGAAAGUUAUUAGAUGCGUUUUUUAUUCGACCAUUCUAUAAGAUGAUGUUAGGUAAAUCUAUCGAUUUAAAGGAUAUGGAAAGCGUUGAUUCAGAGUAUUACAAUUCGUUAUUGUGGAUUAAAGAAAAUGAUCCUAGCGAAUUAGAACUCACAUUCUGUGUAGACGAAGAAAGUUUUGGACAUACCUCCCAAAGAGAGCUUAAGCCUGAUGGUGCUAACAUACCAUUAACAGAUGUGAACAAAGACGAGUACAUAGGUUUAGUUAUACAGUGGCGGUUUGUAUCAAGAGUUCAAGAACAAAUGAAUGCAUUUUUGGAAGGAUUUAACGCUCUUAUACCACCGACAUUAGUGAAAAUAUUUGACGAACACGAAUUAGAAUUGCUGAUGUGUGGUAUUCAACAUAUUGACGUGAAGGACUGGAAACAGAAUACGUUAUACAAAGGAGAUUAUCAUGCCAAUCAUCUUGUCGUUCAAUGGUUUUGGCGAGUGGUACUUUCGUUUAGCAAUGAAAUGCGCUCUAGGCUUUUACAAUUCGUUACUGGGACAUCGCGGGUACCGAUGAAUGGUUUUAAGGAACUUUACGGUAGCAAUGGACCACAGCUGUUUACAAUCGAAAAAUGGGGCACAUCAGACAAUUAUCCGAGAGCUCAUACUUGUUUUAAUCGUAUCGACCUUCCUCCUUAUGAAAGUUAUCAACAACUCAGGGAAAAAUUGAUAAAAGCAAUUGAAGGUUCACAAGGUUUUGCUGGAGUGGAUUAGCACGAAAUACCCCUUUUCAUGAUGAUAUCUGUAAUAUAAUGUACAUAUAUACAUACACAUAGAUACACAACUAUGUAUACUGUCUAAUAUGAUUAACUAUUUAACAGGAUUAACAUUUUUCUGCACUCCGAAGACUUAGGUGUCUUUCGACUGCUAGUUACAUCAUUGAGACAAAUCAAUGAAAAGUAUCUUUAAACACUACUUAACUGUUAUCAAUAAUUCAAAAGAAUCUUAUGCAUAGUGCACUUUUAAAAUUAUAAGCUAUAUUUAACAAAAUGUUUGCAAGUAAUCUCAAAUGCUGUUUCGAAGCAGUUGACGAAUUACAAUUUAUUAACUUGUUCACUUUCUAUUUGUAAUUUCAUGUUUUGACUAUUACGCUUUGAAGAGGUUUUUGGGGAAAAAUUUUCGUUGUCACGAUAAAAAAAAAAAAUUAAUUUGAUUGUAAUUGUAAAUAAUUUUAAGAUAAAGUAAUACCGUAUUAAUUAAUAUCCUACUUUGUUGAUAGCGCGAAAAAUGCCUUGUUACGGAAGGAAUUUAUGAACAGUAUAAGUUCACAGAUUUAAGAGAUACAAUUUUAAAUGAAAGUAAAGCAUUAAAAAAAAAAAAGGUAUUAAUUGCAUUAUAUAUUUGUCAUAGUUUUUCAAAACGUAUUGAAUUUCAAUUAUACUCGAGCUAUUUUAUGAAACAAGCAAAAACAAGUAGUAAUAUUAUCAAGAAAUUCUAAAAAUAUAACUUGGAAAAUUGUCUCAUAUACGAUGAUGCUAUAUAAUUUUUGGAAAAAAAAACCAGCAUAUUAUUAAUUUAAAAUUUCAACUGUACAUUUUUACGUUUAAAACGAAGAUCACGUAGAACUUCGCCUUUCUUUUUGUUUAUAUAUAGCAAUGUUUUAUGUAGUAGUAAUAAAGACUAGGAAAUAGGUUAUGCCAAUCGAAAAAAAUGUACAGACAGAAGCUGGAAGACGAUUUUAAAAAGUCAAUCAUGCUAUUAGAAGAUAUAACAAGAAGAAUUAUGAUCACUGUAAAAUAUCUAUGCAAUUUUAUUUUUGAUCGAUUUGUUUAUUUAUUAUAAACUGCAUAUUAUUUAAUUUAAGAAUAUAUACAAACUUAAUAGAGGAUAAAUUAUAUUUCGAGACAGACGUAUUUGUUGCACGAUCUAUUCGCAUAGCGAAUUAAGAACUUUGGAGGUAGAACAGAGUUCUUCUUGUAUGUUCUUCUAAAAACUUGUAGUGAAAAACCACAUUAUGCUUGGCUCACAUUGUAUAUAGUAUUAAUUAAAUAAGAUAAAACAGUAGAAAUGAAACUGCUUGAACAGUAAAUUAAACUAUUUGUACAUUUUGACAAUAUAUACAAAAAAUUGAAGAUAUUCAAUUGUUUUGUCAAAAAUGAUAUACAAUGCAUGAAUUGAUCGAAGAUGCUGCGAUUAGCGUAACCUUGUAAAUGCCUACUUUGUACGAUAACAGCUAUUCCAAGAAUGUAACAAACGUUCUAGAAAAUGUUUAGCACUUAAAGCUAAUGAAACAUUCCAUCCUGUUUGUACAGCUUAUUUUAUUGUAAACAGAUACGUCCCGUUAGAUAAUAAAUAUUAUUAUUAUGAGAGAAA